CCAAGCGAGAGUGGCGCGAAUCGGCCGCCAAGGGUGAACCGCGCCAUCGCCGACGAGGGUCCGGUCCACAUCUGCGAGUCCGUGGCCGUCCUCGACGCCCUCCGGGGCUGGACGCCGAGGAGAUGACUUUCCUGUCAGAUGGAGAUUCAUCCUCAUCUGAUCCAUGUAGUGAGUAUAGAAGCAAUGCAAGCCUUCAGAGGAGAAAACUAGCUGAGGGUGAGAGUUCUAGAACUGCGGAGCCAAGUGCACAGGUGGAGCAAAGUGCUUACAACCUUCGCCCGCAGAAGGAUGAUUCAGUUACAAUGCAAAGGAGAUCAGAAUUCGCGAGAUUGAGGAAGCAGCAGAACCAGAGAAGAAAAAAGCGCAAGGAAGCUGAAACUUUGAGACAUAAAGAGCUAUGUGAAUUUGCGCAAUGGGCCUGCAGCAGCAUCAAAAAGAUUAUGGAUGAACUGCCUAAACCAAGAGAUGAGGAUUUUGAAAAUAGAACUGAGAUAAUAAAUGCGGAUGCAGCAAUGGAUAUGGAAGAGUGGCGCCCAUAUUUUUUAUCACCGGAUAUUGGGCUUUUUAAAACUACACUGAAGGGUGCUAGUUGGGAAGUUGAGAAGUUGGUUUUGCAGGUUGCUCCUUCUGUGGUAGGGCUCCAAUCUAAAGUAGGAGAUACAGAUCAUUUUUCUUGCUCUGGUACAGUUGUUGAGUCUUCUGAAGAGGCUCACAUAAUUGUGACAGUUGCAAAUUUGGUUAAAUGUCCAGACACUGAUGAACUAGCUGACGACCUUAAGAUCAAUGUAUAUUUGCACAAUCAAGAAACUUGUGAAGGCCACCUGUUAUAUCAGGAUUUUUAUCACAACAUCUGUUUGAUUCAAAUUAAGCCUCCUGUCCAUCUGCCAGAAAAAGGAUUUAGUUCAAAUAUCGAGGCCAUCAACUUUGACAGGAGUUGUUCAAGGGACGUGGUUACAUUGGGUCGUGACAAAGAGAUCCAUAUCCUACUGGUUAGUACAGGAAAGAUUAUUCCAAAAAGUAGCAAGUUUGACUGUGAAGAACUUUUAGUAUCGACUUGCAGGAUUUCAAAGGCAGCAGUUGGGGGUCCGCUGAUGAACUUUGAUGGAGAUUUUAUUGGGAUGAAUUAUUAUGACACUAACGAAACUCCUUUCAUUCCAAGUUUCGUUGUGUUGAAGUGUUUGCAGCAGUUCGUAUUAUUCAGGAAAGUUGAAAGACCAUGGCAUGGGCUGCGAGUUCGUACUCUUUACGCAGAAGGGUGUAAUGCGUUUGAAAAGAUGCAAACCAACUUCCGUGGGGCAACUGGUGUGGUUAUUGAGAAGAUUGAAGAACAAUCUUCAGCGAAAGCAUCUGGUUUGAAUGAAGGGGAUAUCAUCAAUCGAGUAAAUGGCGUAUAUUUUUCCAACGCAGCAGAGCUUGGUGGCAUACUGCUGGAUAUAAGUACUAAUUUUCUGUUGGACUACCGGAACUUUCACCAGCCUGAUGACUGCAAUAAGAUGCCAAUAUUCAUUAAGUUUGGUGUGAGGGGUUGUGAACGUGAAAGAACUGUGGUCGUUGACAAGUUUACAUCAGGUGGAUUAAAUAGAUGGCCAUUUCCAAAGCCAAUAAUUGUUCGGAAAUACAGAAAAGGGGAAAAAGUUCUUGAAGAAUGGUAUGCAAUGGAAUCCUGAGAAUAUGGUAGCACUCCGUGUUGAACGCUGUAGUGUUUAAAUGCUUGUUUCUAGCAUAAGCACAUUAAGUGUUUUAAUUCAGAUAGCGUGAAGGAUCAACUGGUUGUCGGACACGGGGUUUUGCAGACUCUUGGAUGUCAAAAUUGUGUAUGGAUUUUUUAGUUCCAGUACCUGUAUGCUCUGAGUUGUUGCAAGA